GUGGCCAAGCAAGGAACGGGCAAGCAGUUCCUCUGAUAGGCAGCCUCACGCUCCUUAUACAAACAUACACGAGCCACUGGCUUCAGAGGUGACCCAGACAGACAGACAGAGACAAGAGAGCCGGUGCUGAGAGCACAAAGGGGAUGCUAAUAAGCUAGGGAGAGGUGAUGGGACAUGCCAGCCAGAGGAGGAGCCCGGACUAAAGCCGGCAGAGGGGGGCACCCCAGGUGGGCGGAAGGGGAUCCCCAUGGGGUCAGGCCGCAAGAGGACACCCCGACAGCCUCUGCAAUGUCCGGGGCCCAACUUCCAGCGCAACAUGUGUAGCCUCAUCCUUGCCUAGUCUGGUGGCCGCAACCUUGGGGGACAGGGCAGGGCAGGAUCAAGAAGAGGAGGGACAGAGCCGGGACAGGCAAAAGGUCCCCGCCACUGCCUGCGCUGCUGCUGCUGCUGCUGCUGUUGCUGCUGCUGCUGCUACCUCGCUGCCGCCCUCGGCCUGGCCCCCAACCAGUUCCCCAACACUCCACGGAAUCUUUGGGUCUCUGGAUACCGGUUCCGGUCCUGGCCCCCCAGCAACUCCCCCCACAGAACAGGGUCAUGAAAAGAGGCCGCCCGGCGGGGCCCGCAGGCGAUGCGCGGCGCCGGUGGCCCCCGCGGCCCUCGGGGCCCCGCUAAGAUGCUGCUGCUGCUGGCGCUGGCGUGCGCCAGCCCGUUCCCGGAGGAGGCGCCGGGGCCGGGCGCGGCCGGCGGGGGCACGGGCGGGGCGCGGCCGCUCAACGUGGCGCUGGUCUUCUCCGGCCCCGCGUACGCGGCCGAGGCGGCGCGCCUGGGCCCGGCCGUGGCGGCGGCAGUUCGCAGCCCGGGCCUGGACGUGCGGCCAGUGGCGCUGGUGCUCAACGGCUCGGACCCUCGCAGCCUUGUGCUGCAGCUCUGCGACCUGCUGUCGGGGCUGCGCGUGCACGGCGUGGUGUUCGAGGACGACUCGCGCGCGCCCGCCGUCGCGCCCAUUCUCGACUUCCUGUCGGCGCAGACUUCGCUGCCCAUCGUGGCCGUGCACGGCGGCGCCGCGCUCGUGCUCACGCCCAAGGAGAAGGGCUCCACCUUCCUGCAGCUCGGCUCCUCUACAGAGCAGCAGCUGCAGGUCAUUUUUGAGGUGCUGGAGGAGUACGACUGGACAUCCUUUGUGGCAGUGACCACGCGUGCCCCAGGCCAUCGGGCCUUCUUGUCAUACAUCGAGGUGCUGACUGAUGGCAGCAUGGUGGGCUGGGAGCAUCGAGGAGCGCUGACACUGGAUCCCGGGGCUGGUGAAGCCGUCCUGGGCGCACAGCUCCGGAGUGUCAGCGCGCAGAUCCGCCUGCUCUUCUGCGCCCGCGAGGAGGCAGAGCCUGUUUUCAGGGCAGCAGAAGAGGCUGGCCUCACUGGGCCUGGCUACGUCUGGUUCAUGGUGGGACCUCAGCUGGCCGGAGGCGGGGGCUCCGGGCUCCCUGGGGAACCCCUUCUUCUGCCAGGAGGUGCCCCACUGCCUGCGGGGCUAUUUGCAGUGCGCUCUGCUGGCUGGCGUGAUGACUUGGCACGUCGAGUGGCUGCUGGUGUGGCGGUGGUGGCCAGAGGUGCCCAAGCCCUGCUGCGAGACUAUGGCUUCCUGCCUGAACUGGGUCAUGACUGCCGCGCCCAGAAUCGCACCCACCGUGGGGAGAGUCUACACAGGUACUUCAUGAACAUCACCUGGGAUAACCGAGACUACUCCUUCAAUGAAGACGGCUUUCUGGUGAACCCUUCACUGGUGGUCAUCUCCCUCACCAGGGACAGGACAUGGGAAGUGGUGGGCAGCUGGGAACAACAGACCCUCCGCCUCAAGUACCCGCUAUGGUCCCGCUAUGGCCGCUUCCUGCAGCCAGUGGAUGACACACAGCACCUCACUGUGGCCACACUGGAGGAGAGACCCUUUGUCAUUGUGGAGCCAGCGGACCCCAUCAGUGGCACUUGCAUUAGAGAUUCAGUCCCCUGCCGGACCCAGCUCAACCGUACCCACAGUCCUCCGCCUGACGCUCCCCGCCCGGAGAAGCGGUGCUGCAAGGGCUUCUGCAUUGACAUUCUGAAGAGGCUGGCGCACACCAUUGGCUUCAGCUAUGACCUCUACCUGGUCACCAAUGGCAAGCAUGGCAAGAAGAUCGAUGGAGUCUGGAACGGCAUGAUUGGUGAGGGUCAGGCUUUGCCCAGCGCUGGCCUCUGUCCCCUGAGCUGCUUCCCUUGCCAACUCCUCGAUCCACCCCAGGUGUUCUAUCAGCGUGCGGACAUGGCCAUCGGCUCUCUUACCAUCAAUGAGGAGCGGUCCGAGAUCGUGGACUUCUCCGUCCCCUUUGUAGAGACAGGCAUCAGCGUCAUGGUGGCACGCAGCAAUGGCACUGUGUCCCCCUCUGCCUUCCUCGAGCCCUACAGCCCCGCUGUGUGGGUGAUGAUGUUCGUCAUGUGCCUCACCGUGGUUGCCGUCACCGUUUUCAUCUUUGAGUACCUCAGUCCUGUGGGCUAUAACCGCAGCCUGGCCACGGGCAAACGCCCUGGUGGCUCAACCUUCACCAUUGGGAAAUCCAUCUGGCUGCUGUGGGCCCUGGUGUUCAACAACUCGGUGCCAGUGGAGAAUCCGCGGGGCACCACCAGCAAGAUCAUGGUUCUGGUGUGGGCCUUCUUCGCCGUCAUCUUCCUCGCCAGCUACACAGCCAAUCUGGCUGCCUUCAUGAUCCAGGAGGAGUAUGUGGACACCGUAUCUGGGCUCAGUGACCGAAAGUUCCAGAGGCCCCAGGAGCAAUACCCACCCCUGAAGUUUGGGACGGUGCCCAACGGGUCCACAGAGAAGAACAUCCGCAGCAACUACCCUGACAUGCACAGUUACAUGGUGCGCUACAACCAGCCGCGAGUGGAGGAGGCUCUCACGCAGCUCAAGGCAGGGAAACUGGACGCCUUCAUCUACGAUGCGGCAGUGCUUAACUACAUGGCCCGCAAGGAUGAGGGCUGCAAGCUGGUCACCAUCGGCUCCGGCAAGGUCUUCGCUACCACCGGCUAUGGCAUUGCCCUUCACAAGGGCUCCCGCUGGAAGCGACCCAUCGACCUGGCGCUGCUGCAGUUCCUGGGGGAUGAUGAGAUUGAGAUGCUGGAACGGCUGUGGCUUUCCGGGAUCUGCCACAAUGACAAAAUCGAGGUGAUGAGCAGCAAGCUGGAUAUCGAUAACAUGGCAGGUGUCUUCUACAUGCUCCUGGUGGCCAUGGGCCUUUCCUUGCUGGUCUUCGCCUGGGAACACCUGGUGUACUGGCGCUUGCGGCAUUGCCUGGGGCCUACCCACCGCAUGGAUUUCCUGCUGGCCUUCUCCAGGGGCAUGUACAGCUGCUGCAGCGCCGAGGCGGCUCCACCGCCUGCCAAGCCCCCGCCCCCGCCGCAGCCACUACCCAGCCCCGCAUACCCCACCGCGCGCCCGCCCCCAGGCCCUGCACCCUUCGUGCCCCGAGAGCGAGCAGCCGCCGACCGCUGGCGCAGGGCCAAGGGCACCGGGCCUCCGGGAGGCGCAGCGCUGGCCGACGGCUUCCACCGAUACUACGGUCCCAUCGAGCCGCAGGGGCUGGGCCUCGGCGAGGCGCGCGCGGCACCCAGAGGCGCGGCUGGACGCCCUCUGUCCCCACCCGCCACACAGCCCCCGCAGAAGCCACCACCGUCCUACUUCGCCAUCGUGCGCGACCAGGAGGCGGCCGAGCCCCCCGCCGGAGCCUUCCCCGGCUUCCCAUCCCCGCCUGCGCCGCCCGCCGCCGCAGCUGCCGCCGUCGGGCCGCCACUGUGCCGCCUGGCUUUCGAGGACGAGAGUCCGCCUGCGCCCACGCGCUGGCCGCGUUCCGACCCCGAGAGCCAGCCGCUGUUGGGUGGGGGCGCGGGCGGCCCGAGCGCGGGGGCCCCAAGCGCCCCGCCGCCGCGCCGCGCCGCGCCCCCACCGUGCGCCUACCUGGACCUCGAGCCGUCGCCUUCGGACUCCGAGGACUCGGAGAGCCUGGGCGGAGCGUCGCUCGGCGGCCUGGAGCCCUGGUGGUUCGCCGAUUUCCCGUACCCGUACGCCGAGCGCCUCGGGCCACCGCCCGGCCGCUACUGGUCGGUAGACAAGCUCGGGGGCUGGCGCGCCGGCAGCUGGGACUACCUGCCCCCGCGCAGCGGCCCCGCGUGGCACUGCCGCCACUGCGCCAGCCUGGAGCUGCUACCGCCGCCGCGCCACCUCAGCUGCUCGCACGACGGCCUCGACGGCGGCUGGUGGGCGCCUCCGCCGCCACCCUGGGCUGCUGGGCCACCACCCAGGCGCCGGGCACGCUGUGGGUGUCCACGCCCGCACCCUCACCGCCCGCGGGCCUCGCACCGUCCUCCCGCUGCGCCGCACCACCACCGACACCGGCGCGCGGCAGGCGGCUGGGACAUCCCGCCGCCCGCGCCCACCUCGCGUUCGCUCGAGGACCUGAGCUCCUGUCCGCGGGCGGCCCCCUCACGCAGGCUCACCGGGCCCUCACGCCACGCGCGCCGCUGCCCGCAUGCUGCGCACUGGGGGCCGCAGCUGCCCCCCGCACCGCACCGGAGACACCGGGGCGGGGACCUGGGCACGCGCAGGGGCUCUGCGCACUUCUCCAGUCUGGAGUCCGAGGUAUGAUGCGGCUCCGGGAGGUCCCCGUCGCCCCCUCGGUCAGCGCAGGCCACGGCCCGAGGGGGCGCUCUAGAGUGGACAGGACCCACAUGGGUUGGGAAGGACGGAAACGGACCUGGCUGGACCCCGCCUGGAGCAGCGUCCUGCGU